AUGCCAUCGCUAAUAAAGCGAAGGCGAAUAGAUCAUGGUCUGCCUCCAUUUGAUUGGAAAUUACUUAAAAUUGUAGAAGAGCUCGGUAGUGGCACUUUCGGUUCCGUCCAUUGCGGGACAUAUGGAAAAGACAAGAAGACCGUGGUUAUAAAGAAGCUUAAGAGCGAAUCUGGUGACGCUAAAAGCCGCUUUAUAAAAGAAGCCAAAAUGCUUCUUGGAAUUACGCAUGCAAAUAUACCUGCAUUUCUCGGCUUUUCGGAUAGUCCUUAUGCAAUCAUGAUGGAUUACGUAAUGCUUGACUUCCAACCAUUCGGACUUGAAAAACAAGUUAGCAACUUCGAAGAUUUCUGCCAUUUUGUUGAUGAUGAAUGGAACUUUGACUCGUUUGCUGAUGUUCUCGUUGUCUGCGUGAAAGAUGUUGUUAACGCCCUCGAAUAUCUACACAAGCGUGAUAUCGCACACAGAGAUCUGAAAGCGAACAACGUGUUAAUAACCAACCAGCAUUAUUGCCACGAAGACAAAGAAUCCGUUUCGCACAUUUAUGCAGAAUGCCCGGUUGUUUGCAAGCUGACGGAUUUUGGUUUAAGUAGAUCGCUAGACGCCCAAACGCAAUCGAUUUUACAGUCUCGUACGGAAGAAAUAAUUCGUGGCACACCGGUUUAUAUGGCUCCCGGAAUUCAUCUGGGCAUAUUGAAAAGUGCAAACCAGAUCGACUUAAAAAAACCCGGAUAUUUG